AUGGGCCAUACACGCAUCGUCAUAGGUCUCGACUUCGGGACUACAUACUCAGGGCGAAUCAGUGUUGCCUGGGCUCUCGGUCACUGCCCCGACAAGCCGGAAGUAAUCACUUCGUGGCCCGGUCAAGGGAAUAGGACCAGCCCCAAAGUCCCCAGCAGGGUAUCCUACAGUGAUGGCAAAUUUCUUUGGGGAUACCAAACCACCAUCUUCGGGGAGAAUAUCCGGGGACUCAAGAUACUGCUUGAUGAAUCCCAGGACCCAAGAGUCGUCUCUGCUCUGAGCACCAUGGACCUGCUCACAAAGAAUCGUAAGACGGCAAUCGAGGUGACCGGCAGCUACUUGAAGCAGUUGGUCGAACAUAGUAGCAAAAUCCUUCAUCGUCGCUUUGGCCAGAUAGUCAACCAGAUGGAUCGCAGCUAUGUACUGACUGUACCAGCCGUCUGGUCAGACAAGGCCAAGCAUGCGACGAUGACGGCAGCGGUAACUGCCGGUAUUGCCGCUAAUGAAAUCACCCUGGUGUCCGAGCCGGAGGCUGCGGCCUUAUACUGUCUCAAGGCUAUUCAGCCGAAUUCUAUCCGGAAUGGAGACGUCGUUGUGGUGUGUGAUGCUGGUGGCGGUACUGUGGAUCUUAUCUCGUAUUGCGUCAAAACUGUCUCGCCUCUGCGUCUAGAAGAGGUUGCCGAGGGCUCUGGCGGCAUAUGUGGGUCUAUGGUGUUAGACGUGUGCUUCAGUGAGUUUCUCGACGACCUGAUUGGGAAAAAGAAUAUUCCCAUCAUGGCAAAGGAGAUGGCCUUGCGCUUCUGGCAGGAAGAUAUCAAGCUCAACUUUGCCACCGACCCGGACUAUGAAGAUGAGAUUCAUUUCGUUCCUGUACCCGGGGUGAAAGAUAACCGCCAAGUAUCUCUGAAAGAUGGCUUUCUUAAGCUGAAUGGAUCUCAGAUCAAAAACUUGUUCGAUCCAGUCGUGCAAAAGGUCCAGAAUCUGAUUCGAGGUCAAAUCAGGAGCUGUGAAGAUUCCAAAAAGGCAGUUAAGGCCGUUUUCCUUGUCGGCGGUUUUGGCUCAUCCGAAUACCUCUUCCACCGUAUCAAGAAUGUCUUUACUAGGAUUACUGUGAUGCAACCUCCCAACUCGUGGUCAGCAGUCAUGCUGGGUGCAGUACAACACGGUAUCGAGGGAAACCAGGUAGCAAAGCGGAUUGCGAGGCAUCACUAUGGCGUCACUUUUAGGAGCAGAUAUGGUGCGGAUCUUGCAAGAUAUCCACCUGCCAUAAGAGAGUGGUGUGACCUUGAAGAAAGGUGGUAUGUUCCAAAGGUGAUGGCAUGGUAUAUCAAGAAAGGAGACGAGAUCGCCGAAAAUAAGCCAAUCCGUCUUCCAUUCAACCGGAGUCUAGCAGACAUCGAUCGCAGCAAGUUGAUUUUUCAUGAUGAGUUGCUCGUGUGCCAUAAGUCUGAAAGCCCUCGCCGUCGCGACGAAACCGUUUUUGAAGUAUGCACACUGGAAUCCGACCUCAGCGCAGUCCCGACUUACCUCUUCGAAGCCAAAACAAACUCUCGCGGGACGAAAUAUUAUCGAGUGAAUUAUGUGCUAAUAAUGACACCGAGAUCGGCCUCCAUUACGUUCGAGCUGGAGUUCAAUGGCACUUCCUACGGCCUGAUCCAGAGCAAGUAUUGA